CUGCAGGGAUAUGGCGUAGUGGUUAAGAGCGCAACCCCAAGAUUCUGAGUUUGAUUCCAAGCAGUGACUUGAAUAAUAAUAAUAAUAACAUCGAAAAAUACCUUAGGAACAAAAACUCAGGUUCAAAAUUUCCCCAAGACACCUGAUGAUGGCUGGAGGGUAUAUCAGCUGAAAUGUUGUGUUAACAACAAACAAGAUGAGGACAAAUAUCUGUCAAAUGUAAAUAAUGCACAUAAUUCCUCAUUUCUCAAAUAUAGAACUGUAAAUAAAAGAAUAUAUAAAUGUAUGUGUGUUUAGUGAAUGUCCCCCCACCACCACCACUUGACAACCAGUGUUGGUUUGUUUAUAUAUGUGUCCAGCAAACAAAACUGAUGGAAUAAGUACCAUACAAAAAAAAAAAAAAGCAGGUACUAAAGGUGAGCUGUUCAACAAAAGCCUGUUCUGGUUGGUAUCCCAGCUUGGCCUCAGCCCAACGCCUGAAACAAAGAGUAUAUAAAAAUUACACAUUCAUGCACACAGGCACAAAUAUGGCUGUCUGUAUGUCUCUGUCUGUCUGUAUGUCUCUCUCACACACACAAACACACAUGCAAAGGAUGUUUACAUUUCAGCUUUCAGAGCCUACAUCACGAUUAAGAUAUAGAGCAUGGGGAGGGGGAAUGUCUGUGUGUAUGUAUGUAUGAGUAUGUAUGUGUGUGUGUAGAAGAAUUUAUUCAGUGGUAAACAUGUCAGGUCAUUGGAGGUGUCUGUUCUUAUUCCUGUCACCUGACAUCACAUCUCCCCACCCCCACUUGGUCAGCCAUGGAUUUGCUUGGUGCUUAUAAACCACCACCACCAUCACCACUUUACCAUUACUAACACGUUUACUGCCAUCACGACCUCCACCAUCACUAUUAUCCCCUCUAUCUACAUACUCACACACACACACAAGUACUCAUACUUAGCUUGACAGAGAGAGAGAAGAGAGUGAAAUUUCCUUCACCACACACAAUCACACAUAGACAUACAUAUACACACACUCAUAUAUAAUCACACACACACAGAUAUACCACUUCCAUACACAUACAGGUAUAUAAAGGCACACAUACACACAAGUACUCACACAUAGACAGACAGACACACACACGCAAUCGCAUGUAAUCACACAUUGCCAUGUACCUACCCCAUCACAUACACAUACACACAGCCACACAUAUACAUGGCCAUACACACACACACACAAACACAGUCAUAUUCACCUGUACACACACACACAAUCACAUACACAGCCACAUACAGACACAAACACAGUCACGCAUGCACACACACAUACACACACACACAGAGGCAUACAUGCACUCGUACACAACCACACAUGCAUAUACUACUUCCAUACACAAACAAGUUAACAUAUGCAUACAGGUAUACUUAUAAAGGCAGACACACACACAUAUACACACAAGUACUCACACAUAGACAGACGCACAUACAAUCACAAGUAAUCACACAUUGCCAGGUACCUCCCCCCCCACACAUACAUAUACACACAUAUACAUGGCCCCACACACACACACACACACACACAAAGUCAUAUUCACCUGUACAGACACACACAUAAAGCCAGGCACACACACAGUCACAUACACAUACACAGACACAAAUAGACACAAACACAGUCACACACACACACACACACACACACACACAGUUUGCCUUCUCCAUAUACUCUUACAUACAGCCACACACACACAAACCACAGAACACUCAGGGCUGUUCCUUGCUGCUGUACUGGUGUUUCUCACAAAAGACUGGUCAGUUCAGGUGACAUUGGCACUCAUUGGUCUCAGCUGUCAUUCCAGUAUUUCCUCAUCUACAGUGACCAGUGUCCAGUGGUGGUGGUCAGUUUAGAAAGGAUAGUGACAUGUGGAGAUCAUUACUGAAAAAUACCCUGUCAUAUAAUCAUCUGAAAUGCUCCAAAGACUCCCAUCCUUCUAAUGCUGUGUUCUCUGUCUCCCACCUGGGGCUACCCCAGAACAUAAGGUCAGUGUUUCUGGCUUCGGAGAGGUACGCAAUGGAGUACCCCCUGUUGAGGCCUGUGCCACCACCUUCCUCUGCCCGAUGCCUCUCAUCUCUCAGAAGUUUAAGGAAAUUCAUCCUCAUCAGCAUCGUUAGUUGCAUGGCAGUGGUUACCUUGACGACAAUGGCCAUAUUAUUGGUGCUAUCCUUUCAAGUGUCUUCUCCUUUGAAUCCUUCUUAUGACAACAGAGUGACAAUUCCACUGCCAAACAUAGAAACUGGGAACCGAAAUCAGAGUGACAUUCGCAGACAUUCAACAUUAAAGAAUUCCUCUUUUCUUGCUUCAAGCAACAAGACAUUAUUUUCCAGUUCAAUCUCAUGUUACAACAAAUGUUGGCCAUACACAGCGUUUCGCUUCCAGUCCGAAUGUCAGAAUGGUGUGUGUCACUGCCAGGGAAAAGGCUAUGAUCCCACAUCUUGCUUACCCAUUUAUAAAAAUUGCUCAAUAAGGAGAAAUUCCAGCAAUGCUGUUGCAUAUUGGCACCAAAAGAUCCAAGAGACAUUUGGUUGCCAUUCCUACAAAGAGGCAAAUUCAGAAAGAAACAGUCAAGUCUAUGUGAUUAGUACAAUGAAUGAAUGGAAAGCUCAUCAGCCAAUCAGAUUAAAUGUCACAGAAGCCAUGACAAGACAGUUUCAACCAAUCACAUUAGUUCUGGCUUCCUAUUAUCCAGCACAUUGGUUUAUUCAGAUACAAAGUGGAAUCCACUUAAGUUCAAUUUUACAGAUAAGCACCGUCCACUUCAACUCAGGCCGUAUCUUUCUGAAUGGUAAAGAAGUAUCGAAACAGAAAUCCUUGUUGACCAAACAACGCUCCCUGGUUGGUUAUGGUGAUGACCGGUACAGUGGUCAUACCAUACAACUUUUGCAGACUGUUGACAGGCUUGCAGGUUCAAUCACAAGUUUCAGUGGAUCUCAGAGGGCAAAUUUCUGGACUUUAGAUAUUUCUUAACUGACCAGCACCAGCACCACCUUCAACAUCAGAAUGAUGACUUGAACUUUGACCUUUGACUUCCAACAUUUUGAAGGUUGGAUGUCUUUUAGGACCAUGCUAUAACAGGAUAGAAGACAAACUAGUCUACUUCAUCAGCAGUUAAAAUUGAUAUUAAUACAUCACAGCUAAAACACUAACGAUUAUUCCACAAUGUCCUCCCUUGAACAACAUGUUGUUUAAAACAGAUAUUCAUUAUACUUCUUAUAUAAUAAGUUUGGCCUCACAAUCUCUGAUUAUCUUUCAUAGGAAUUCAUUGGGAUAUAUGAGAGGUAUAUUUUGUCACUGCAACAAUCAUGGUUCCUGACAUUAUAUCCACAGUCACUGCAAACACCUACACACAUCUACAAGCAUCUAGGAACAGCAACACCAUCCUAACAGCAUUAUCUCUGCCACACAGUCCAGACACAGCUACAGUACCCCAGAAUACAACUAUAAUCCCAUUCCAACAACACUAUCUCUUAUGCUCAAUCCAGAUACAUCCACAACACCUCACAAAACCACUACAUCACCACCUUAGCAGCACUAUCUCUCCCAUACAGUCUAGAUACAUUUAACACUUUACAACACUACUUCAACACCAUCCUAACAGCACUCAGUCCUACUCAGAAUCCUACUCAAUCCAAAAACAUCUAGUGUAUGCCACAACACAACUACAACACCAUCAUAACAACACUAUCUCUUCUACAUGGUCCAGAUACAUCUAAAAUACCCCACGACACUAUUCUAACAACACUGUUUCUCAUACUCAUUCCUGACACUUCUACAACACCCCUACCCCUACAACACAACUACAACACCAUCCUAACAACUCUGUAUCUCUCACAAAGUCCAGUACAUCUACAACACCAAUAAAUCUAACAAGAUUUUCUCUUCCAAUUCAGUCCAGACAGUAUAUUGAGUGAAUCAGGGUUGCUAUAAUUUUGCUGACUCUUUUAAACCUCAUUAAACUGGGGCAGUGUUGUGGGGAGACAGUAAAAGUUUGCUAUAGAUAUUUGGGUAUCUUUGAAUUGUGAUGUAUAAAGUUAUGAUAUAUUAGAAGUAUGAUAAAUUAAAGUUAUUAUAUCUUAGAAUGAUGAUAUAUUGUGUUAUCUUGGUAUUGUGUUAUAUUUGUGAUGUUGCAAUUUAUAAAUGUCUUUGAAAUAUUUUAACUAGUUUUACAAUUGUGUCGUCUGAAUUUUAUUUUUGAUUAUUUUCACAACAAAAACAAAUGUGUGUGUCUUUGUGUGUGUGUGUGUGAGAGAGAGAGAGAGACAGAGAAAGGGGGAGAGAGAGAGCAUGAAAAAGUAUUUGUGUGUGUGUGUGUGUGUGUGUGUGUGUGUGUGUGUGUGUGAAGUAGUAUAUGUGUAUGUAGUGAUGUGUUGUAUGUGUAUGUGUAGUGGAAAGUAGGAUACACACACACACACACACACACACACACACACACACACACACACACAGAUAUAUAUAUAUAUCUAGUAGAGGGUAGUGUGUGUGAGUAUAUGUAGCAAGAACAACAAUGAUGACGAUGACAACAACAACAGCGACUACAACAACAAAUACUUCCCCAACUUAUCCAGAAAAUUGGGAUUUAAGAUUAAAAAAUAGUCUCUAAAUAAAGAAUUGCUGGCAUAAAUGUUUGUUGGUUGGUUGUUGUCUCCAGUCACACUUUACAUUAUACAGAAGGAGGGGAAGAGAGAGAGAGAGUAAAUAUAAGAAGAGCAGGAUGAGUGCACAUUUUAGGCUUGGUGGCAGACUGUGAGUGCAAGCAUAUAUAAACACAGUAAGGGAAAAAGAAUCAUAAAGAAAAAAAAGAAAGAGAAGGAAUAGAGGAAAUAAAUGAGAGAGUGAUUUUGGGAGGAGUUAUACAAACGAGAAAUUUAUCUGAUUUAAUUUUAUUUUAAGAUAUUAAAUAUUUUUCUUUGAAAA